AUGUCCGACCGCGACACGCUCAUCUCGAUGGGCUUCUCCGACACGCGGGUCAACAAGGCGCUCAAGGGCACCAACAACGCCGGCCUCGGUCAAGCGCUCGACUUUCUCGAGAAGCACGCCGACGAGCCGGAGAGCUGGUGGGAGGCGGCCGACGAGGACGAGGACGAGGAGGGCGCGCCGACGGGCGUCGACGACCCCGAGGCUAAGAGCCUGCGCUGUGGCGAGUGCGGCAAGCUCUUCCGCAACCAGGCGCUCGCGUCCUACCACUCGACCAAGAGCGGGCACACCAACUUUGAGGAGUCGACCGAGGAGCUCAAGCCGCUCACCGAGGAGGAGAAGGCCGAGAAGCUGCGCGAGCUGCGCGCCAAGAUGGACGAGAAGCGCCGGGUCCAGGCCAAGCUCGACGCCGAGGAGAACAAGCGCAACGAGGAGAUCCGCCGCAAGUCGGGCAAGGACGAGGCGCAGGCGCGCGAGGCGCUCAAGCUCAAGGAGGCCGAGCGUGCCGCCGUCCUGAGGAAGAAGGAGAAGGCCGACGAGCUCGCCGCACGCGCCCGCAUCAAGGAGCAGAUCGAGGCCGACAAGCGCGCUCGUGCCGAAAAGUCGGCGCGCGAGAAGGCCCUGCGCGAGGGCCGCAACCCGGACAUCGCCGCCGCUGCCGUCUCGGGUGGCGGUGCGGCGCCGUCUGCGCCUCUCGUGCCCGCCGCGUCGGCGUCGUCGGCGUCGGGCGGCGAGAAGAAGACGUACGACGCGGCGCGCCUCCAGAUCCGGGUCCCGAGCGGCCCGCCGCUCGUCCACUCGCUCCCGGCGACGAGUACGCUCGGCGAGGUCGUCGAGUGGGUCAAGGGGCAGACGGGGCUCGCGAGCGUGACGCUCACGUGCUCGUUCCCGAGGAAAACGUACGGCGCGGCAGACCUCGACAAGGACCUCAAGUCGCUCAACCUCGUCCCGUCGGCCGUCCUCCUCGUGCAGUAGCUUUUUCGCCGCCUCUCGCAAGCCUUUCCGUUCGCGUCGUU